AUGAUGUAUAGGGACCGCAUAGGACUUAAAUUUGAAGAAAAUGCGAUGAACGCUGCAUCUGUUGGAGCUGCCGCCGCAAGUGGAUCUGGAAACGAUGUUGAAACCAUCAUUUUCAAUAACAACAAUGGAGGCUAUGGUGCUGGAUCUAACGGUUUAUACGGUACAAACGGACUCAACGGCCUUUACGGACAACAAGGACUAGGCGCCAGCUCUGCAGCUGCUUCAGCUUCCGCCACAAGUGGUUCCGGAAACGAUGGUGAAACCAUUAUUUUAAAUAACAACAAUGGAGGCUUUGGUGCUGCAUCUAACGGCUUAUAUGGUUCAAGCGGAAUCAACGGUCUAAAUGGACAACAGGCACAAGGUGCCAGCUCAGUAGCUGCUGCAGCUGCCGCCGCUGCCUCGAACGAUUAUCAAUUCAGCGCUCCCAGUGUUUUGGGAUACGGUCGUUUCUUACCUUAUGGCAAUCAAGAUCGCACUAUGAUUGUGAGCAAUGAUAACUCUGGAUCAGGAGCAUCUGCUUCUGCUUCCUCAUCAUCAGCAAAUUCAGGUUCAUCAGGAAUUGGACUGGGUGGUCUUUAUGGUUCGGGAUCUAACGGUUUAUACGAAUCUAACGGACUCAGCGGCCUUUACGGACAACAAGGACAAGGUGCAAGCACAGCGUCUGCUGCAGCUGCCGCCGCAAGUGGAUCCGGAAACAAUGGUGAAACCAUCAUUUUAAAUAACAACAAUCGAGGCUCAAGCGCUUCUGCAGCUAGUGCAUUACAAGGUUCAUCAGGAAACGGACUGGGUGGUUAUUAUGGUAUCGGAUCUAAUGGUUUAUACGGUUCUAACGGACUCAGCGGCCUCUACGGACAACAAGGAGAAGGCGCCAGCUCUACAGCUGCUGCAUUAGCCGCCACUGGUGGUUAUGGAAAUGCUAGCGAAGACAUUAUUUUCAUUAAUAACAAUGGAGGCUCAAGCGCUUUCGCAGCCACCUCAGCAUCUGCUUCUGAAUCACAGGGUUCUCAAGGAACGGAGUUGAGAAAUAGAAAAAGACCUGUGAUAAUUAUUGACGAUAACGAAUCUGGUGUAGCGUCAGCAUCUGCUUCGUCAUCCGCAGGAAAUGUUGCUCCUACAAACACAUUCUCUGCAUACCAAGAACCACAAAUUGUUAUUAUCAAUGAAGAAAAUCCAACAAGUGCAUCAGUUGCAUCUGCAUCAUCCUCAGAGCGACCACAGGUAGUAGUUAUCAAUGAAGGAGGUUCAGGGUCGAGCGCAUCCGCAUCUGCUUCUAGCUCUUCAUCUUCGUUUGGACGCGGCAGAGGUCGUAUACGUCAAACAUGUCAAUUAUUGCGCCGCCAAUUUAACAUAAGAGUUGGCAGAAAGGGAGCUUGCGCAGACUGUUAA